UGUUUUCCCAAUUUCGUUUUUAUUUCAUUUUCCCUUUAUUUUUUAUUUUUUAUUUUUUAUUCUCUUUAUUCUAAUCCAUUCAUUGAUCCUUUGUUGGGAUCCUUUGUACCAGUAAGUUGAUGUUUGAAUGCUCUCGCCUUGCAUGUUUUAACCGAUUUGUGAACAGCCAUGUAUUAUUCUUUUCGCUUUGCUGCUGAGGUAACCCGUUUAUGUAUGGAAGAGAUCCGAUGUCGAGGUUUACAGGAACGCAAGAUUCUGAGAAAGACUCUGCCGGAUAGUAUACUUUGUACCAGAGUGUUUGGCCAGCGAACUUGCACGCAGCAAGAUCUUGCCCACAUCAGUAUCCAUUCCGUGGCUACCCUCAUGCAAGACAUCCUUUGGAGUUGUCAGGAUCGCAUUCUGUCGAAAAAGAUUUGGCGAUACAUUAAUUACGAAACUUGCACGUUGUCGAGCUUGAUGGCACUGUUAACGACCCAGGCCGAGCAAUUGUUGAUGGAUAUUCUCGAUUUCUUGGUGGAAGUUAUGCAACACAAAAUGGUCAAUAGGAUGGAUGCCUAUCAUUUGGGAGAAGCCAUGGGCAAAGUGACGCUGGGCCCUUACAACUGCGAUCAAAUUAUUGCCGAAAAAGCCAAUCAUCUAUUAACGCGCAUGAUCAUUGAACAUUCUAAAAUGCGGUACCAACUGCGGAAGAAAAAACCGCAGUUGCCAGUCCCACGGGGACUUCAUCGCAUCGAUUCCGGAUUUGCAUCCACUCACUUUCGAUACAGAGAGUACCGACCCAUGACCAAAUCCGAAGCGACACAUGCAAAGGCUAAAUCGUAUGAUCGGUUGAUUCAUAAGGUGCGCCAAUCCGCCAGUGACUGGAGUACCAACGUGGACGGACUUUAUGCUCUUUUGGAGGACGAGUACAAUCUAGCGCCUGAACCUCCUGAAAAACCGUGGAUCUCCAUUUUCUCCACGGAGAUGCCGACCAAGAACGAUAUGGCGGCUUCCCCACUUUUAUACCGUAUCUUGGUCGAAGCGUGUAAACCCAAGGAAACGGUGCCUGACGAUCCGUUUGCUCGAUCGUAUUUAUUCUCCACACACAUAGACACAGUUGAGGCUGGCCUCAAAAGAGCAUUUAGUGAAUUCAGGAUCCAGCAUACCUUGUCGUCUCCUCCAUCUGAAAAACCGGCCAGCCCUUUGCAAAAAAUCAACCACUCCAUCUCCCAUCUCAAAUUGAAUCUCCGAAGGCAUCGGUCGCGGCAGGACUUGCUGGAUGAAAGUGGUGACGACGACAGCGACUCCGAGUCGGACGACACCCAGGUCGCGCACGAUGAUGUCAAGCCAGGCUACAAACCACACUCGGUCAAGGGCAUGGUCAAGCGAAUGAUGAAAUUCAGCGGAACUAUCGCACCUGGCGCCGUCAAAAAGGAUGGUUCAGAGCAUAAAAUGCUGCAUGUGUAAUGCCGAUCCACCGCUAGAUACAAAGUUUUUUUUUAUCCCCUUCCCCAUCCUUGCCUGUUUCAUUGCUUUCUAAUUUAUGUGUUCUGUUUUUUUUCUUACCGUGAGAAGCGAAUAAAGACGAAAAAAAAAAAGAAGGCCAUCAUCGGGUUCGGAUGUAAAAAGUCCGCCUAUCAGUUAUAGUGAGGAUAUAAAGACCAAGUGGAGACGCACAGACCGCCCUUGCCACGCGUG